AUGCCACCGACCCUUAGACUACUGCCAGUGCCAGUGUUUGGAGACAGUGGUGGCAGGGGCAAUGCCUUGUGCACCAAUGAGGAGGAUGGAAAUAGUAUACCAUUUGUGAAGGGUGACGAUGUUGAUGAAGAUGUUGGUGAGAGUGGCGGUGCCAACUCAGUUGAUGUUGAUGUUGAUGUAGUGUUCAUCACCAAGUCUGGUGAGAUGGCAGAGGUUGCAAGUGCAGUUGUUAAUGUUGAUUUCAAGUUUGUUGGAGUCUUUAAGGACUUUGAUGAUGUUGAUGAUGUUGAUGAUGUCGAUGAUGAUGAUGAUGAUGUUGAGUUGGGGAUUGUUAAAUAG